AUGAAGAGGAAAAGAAGUUUGAAGAUGAAUCUUGAAUCUUACUAUAUACCAAAACAAAAUAUAUCAAAUCCAAAAGGAGAGGAUGCGCAUUUCAUUCAUAAGGCAGAUUAUCAAACCAUUGGUGUCGCUGAUGGUGUUGGAGGUUGGACUCAGAGGGGUGUGGAUGAGGGGAAAUAUGCACGGGAACUCAUGAAGAAUUGUGUCCUCGCCCUUGAUAGUGAAAAUAAAGGGGUUGUAAAUCCAAUGAUGGUUUUAAAUGAAGCCUAUUUCAAAACUAAGGCUCCAGGAUCAUCUACUGCUUGCAUCAUAACACUUACACGGGACAAUUAUUUGCAUGUGGUGAAUGUGGGAGAUAGUGGAUUUAUGUUGUUUAGAGAUGGAGAAAUGGUAUAUAAAUCACCAAUACAACAAAGAGGUUUUAAUUGCCCAUAUCAAUUGGGAAGAAGCAAGGGAUCUGAUCGUCCAAGUUCGGCAGAGGAGCUUAAAGUUGCAGUAAAGGAAAGGGAUAUCUUAGUUGUUGGAACCGAUGGUCUAUUUGAUAAUAUGUUUGUAAGUGAGAUGAAGGAAAUUAUAGGUAAUGUAGAGAAAGAAGGUUUGACACCAAAAGAAUUGGCUUGGACGUUAGCAGAGUUGGCUUCGUAUAAUUCAUUAGAUAAAGAUGGAGACACCCCAUUUGCACAAGCUAAAAGAUUUGCAGGAUGUGGACAAGACAAAGGUGGCAAAGUCGAUGAUAUUACCGUUAUAGUUGCUUAUAUUGUACUUUGAAUAGAAUCAUUAUUAC